AUGGAGUGUUCACAUAUUCAGCUAUCAUCGGCACUAGACCAGCAGCACCGAUCCAACAACCAUUGGUACAAUCUCAACAAAAGCAGCAAUCGUCGACACAAAUCCAGCAAAUACAACAACUAUUAUGGCAAUCGUCAUAGUGUCAGCAAGUGCAACAAUUGGCAAUGGGAAACCAGUCAUCCAACAAAUACAGCAGUUGUGAUGCCUCCAGAAGAGACAUAUGUUAAUGGCUUUCAAGAACAUGUUGAUCUAUCUAACGAAUAUGGCGAGACUUCAAGUAGUAAGGAGGUAGAUGAUGAAAUUGAUUGCAGAGAGCGGUGUGAUGCAGAACCUUAA